AUCUGGAACAAGUUAGCGCGAACACGAAGAAUCGAGAAUCAAUUCUCGAGGAAGAAAGAUCUCUCUUUUAUCCUUCUGGCGAAUACUUAUUAGUUUGGUCGGUGGGUUUAGCUGUUAAAGGUCACUGCUUUGAGUUUGUUUAUUCCUCCCCAAAAAAAGAAAAAAAACUUAAUUCUCAGAUCUGUGUAUUGGCCUGCAUCGUUUGAAGCUCAUUGUUGAUUUAAAGGAGAGAAAUUGAGCAUUUUAAGCAUGGGAAGGCCUUUGUUUUAUGAUAUCAUCGAGAAGCCAGCAACGAGCUGCAUUGUAACGAUAUGCAGUGUGAUUUGGUUUGUGAUUCAGAAGAAGAGUAUUGGUUACUCUCAAGUUGGAUUGAGUUACGAUACUGCGGUCGAAGGGCACUAUUGGAGGAUGAUCACCUCUGCGUUAUCACAUAUCAGUGUCUUGCAUCUUGUGUUUAACAUGAGUGCUCUAUGGAGUCUUGGUGUUGUGGAACAGCUCGGUCAUAUUGGUCUUGGGACUGCUUAUUACCUUCACUACACUCUCCUUCUUAUUGUCUUCUCUGGUGUUUUGGUUAUUGGGAUCUAUCAUUUGUUGAUUGCUAGAUUCAAUAUUGAUUAUUUCCGGAGAGUUACAGCUGUUGGGUACUCUUGUGUUGUCUUUGGUUGGAUGACGAUUCUCUCUGUGAAGCAACCUUCUUCAAAGCUGGAUCUUUUUGGGCUCUUGUCUCUUCCCAUUAGCUUUGCGCCGUUCGAGUCACUCAUUUUCACUUCCAUCAUCGUGCCACAAGCUAGUUUUCUGGGACAUUUGUCGGGAAUCCUGGUUGGCUACGCUAUUUCGUGGGGUUUGAUUGGCGGGAUGAACAACUACUGGGCUCUUACUAUGCUUGGUUGGAUCAUAGUGGUUUUUGUUUUCAGUUUGAAGAAAUCGGGUGCUUAUGAUUUCAGUUUCCUGGAGAUUGAAUCGCUUAGUGAUGCUUCUUUACCCUCAGUGCGGUUUAUUGGAAAUGGCCGGACCUUGCAAGCCAGUGCAGUCCCUCUAAGUGGAGUGGACGUUGUUUGAAUGUGGGAACAAAUUUCUUGUCGUCGAGGCAGCAGAUGAAGACCAAAAGUUGGUAACCAAGCUUCUGCAGUUGCAACAGAUACUUAAGGCUUGCUUGAACUGUUUGUGAGAAUGCUUCCUGCAUAAUGUGGUGACUGGGGAAGGAUUCCUUGACUAAUCAAGCUAGUGGUGUUGAGGCAUCAUUACAGAUGAAUAUGGCACUCAAUUAUUUUGUCAUGUGAUUGAUGUAUAGUUGCGGAAGGAUCCUAUGUCUUACCUAAAGAUUCCAUCCACUAGACAUGUUUCCUCAUUUGUGACCUUCACAUUUAUUUCAAUAUGAAAGCAUGCCACCAAACAGUCUUGUAUUACUGGCCUUUCAACUAUACAUUGUAGGGAUAUUUAGUGAAAUUAUCACAAUGAUAUAUUGUAUCUGUUUUAUCA